AUGGAUACAGAGAGGGAGGGAGGGGCGCUGUGGCUGUUCUCUUUUGAGGGAGGCUGCUCAGGAGCUCCGGGCAAGAUGGCCUACCAGCUGCUGCACCGGCUCUUUGCCAAUUACUCCAGCGCUUUGCGGCCGGCAGAGGACACAGAGCGAGCACUCAACGUCACCCUUCAGGUCACCCUCUCCCAGAUCAUAGACAUGGAUGAGAGGAACCAAAUCUUGACCGCUUACCUGUGGAUCCGGCAGGUGUGGGUGGAUGCUUACCUAAGCUGGGACAAGGAAGACUACGGUGGCAUUGACAGCAUCCAGAUCCCCAGCAGCUACGUGUGGAGACCUGACAUCGUACUUUACAACAAUGCCGACGAGCAGUUCACCGGCUCCAUGGAGACCAACGUGGUGAUCCGCUGUGACGGGCGGAUCAGGUGGGACUCGCCGGCCAUCACCAAGAGCUCCUGCAAGGUGGACGUCUCCUAUUUCCCCUUCGAUGGGCAGCAGUGCCCCCUGACCUUCGGCUCCUGGACCUACAACGGCAACCAGAUCGACCUGCUCAGCAUGCAGGAGACGGGAGACCUGACGGACUUCGUGGAGAACGUGGAGUGGGAAGUUCUGGGGAUGCCGGCCAAGAGGAACGUCAUCACGUACGGCUGCUGCUCGGAACCCUAUCCGGAUGUCACCUACAUGCUGCUGCUCAGGCGGAGGGCCUCCUUCUACGUCUUCAACCUUCUGCUGCCCUGCAUCAUGAUCUCCUUCCUGGCCCCGCUGGGCUUCUACCUUCCGGCAGACUCGGGCGAGAAGGUGUCCCUGGGGGUGACCGUUCUCCUGGCCCUCACCGUCUUCCAACUCCUGGUGGCCGAAAGCAUGCCGCCCUCCGAGAACGUGCCCCUGAUUGGGAAGUACUACAUCGCCACCAUGACGAUGAUCACGGCCUCCACCGCCUUGACCAUCUUCAUCAUGAACAUCCACCACUGUGGCCCCGGGGCCCGUCCCGUCCCCCGGUGGGCCCGCAAGUUUAUUCUGCGGUACAUGGCCCGCAUCUUCUUCGUCUACGAAGUCGGGGACAGCUGCAAGAGCGCCCCACGAGAGCCGGACCCACUCCCCCAAGUCCAGAGGGCCAGCGGUGAGGAACCCAUGGGGGCAGGAGGGCCCCCUCCUUGGGAGGCCCCACUGUUCCGAGGGCCCGGACCCCGCCCCAAGGAGGCGGAGUCUGAGGAACAGCCCCCUUGCCCCCGAAGGACCUGCUGGUGCCACCAGGAGGGUGUCCUGUGGAAUGUGGAGUACAUCGCCAACUGCUUCCGCGAGCAGAAGGCCGCUUCCAGACGGACGGGGGAGUGGAAGAAGGUGGCCAAGGUGAUGGACCGUUUCUUCAUGUGGACCUUCUUUGCUAUGGUGGCCAUCAUGAGCGUCCUGGUCGUGGGCCAAGCUGUGUGA